AUGGCGUCGCUCGCCGCGUCCAAGGCGCUACUCGCCAGACCAUCCAGCGGCCUCGCGGCCCGCUGCGCGCCGAUGUCGUCCUCACACUCGACGGCCGCCGCCGCGCGCCAACUGGCGCUCGCCACCCCACAGAGCGCGUCAGUGCGGCCGCAACGUCGGAGAGCGGCGAUGCGCGUGGCGGCCAAGGCUGUGGAGGAGGUGCAGGUAGAAGAGCAGGCUGCUGUGCCAGCGCCCUUCAACUUCGAGGCGUACAUGUAUGCCAAGGCCAAGGCGGUCAACGCGGCGCUGGACGCGGCGGUGCCGCUGCAGUACCCGGAGCGCAUCCACGAGGCCAUGCGCUACUCGCUGCUCGCCGGCGGCAAGCGCGUGCGCCCGUGCCUGUGCCUGGCGGCGUGCGAGCUGGUGGGCGGCAGCGACUCGGUGGCGAUGGCGGCGGCGUGCGCGAUGGAGAUGAUCCACACGAUGUCGCUCAUCCACGACGACCUGCCCUGCAUGGACAACGACGACUUCCGCCGCGGCAAACCCACCAACCACAAGGUGUACGGGGAGGACGUGGCGGUGCUGGCGGGCGACGCGCUGCUGUCGUUCGCCUUCGAGCACGUCGCGCGCGCCACGCCCGCGUCCGUGCCGGCGGAGCGCGUGGUGCGCGUGAUCGCCGACAUGGGCAAGGCCGUCGGCUCCGAGGGGCUCGUCGCGGGCCAGAUCGUUGAUUUGGAGAGUGCAACUAACCCCGUGGGCGUGGAGACGCUGGAGUACAUCCACGUGCACAAGACGGCCGCGCUGCUGGAAGUGUCGGUGGUGGCGGGCGCCGUGCUGGGCGGCGCCAACGACGACCAGGUGGAGCGCCUCCGCAAGUACGCCCAGUUCGUUGGGCUCGGCUUCCAGGUGGUGGACGACAUUCUGGACGUGACCAAGUCCACGGAGGAGCUCGGCAAGACGGCCGGCAAGGACCUCGCACAGGACAAAACCACCUACCCCAAGUUACUGGGGCUGGAGAAGUCCAAGGAGCUGGCAGAGGAGCUGAUUAGGAAGGCCAAGGAGCAGCUGAGCACAUUCGACCAGCACAAGGCGGCUCCCCUCAUCGGCCUUGCUGACUUCAUUGCUUAUCGCAGUCCGGCGCGUCCGCGUGUGCGGAGCAUGGCUCGCGUCGUGCCUUGCCCGCACAUCGCCAACCGUGCUACUGCGUCUCCGCACUGCCCCGCGUUGCGCUCCUCAAUCGCGCCGACAUGGAACUCCACUCCGUCCUCCGUCUCGCCUUUCGCCUCCGCGCUACGGCCCGCAGCCACGCUUCCGCGAUUGACGUUGAAUUUGCAAAAUCGCGCGCGUGUACCGCUUCGUACACAGCUAGCGAGGCGGCGUGCGCCCGUGGUGCGCGCGGCGGGGCAGGAGGGCGGGGAGAAGGACGAAGACAAGCCCAAGGCCGUCGGCACCCUGCCCGACGGCGAAGCCGGCAGUAAACCGCCCGAAUCCUCCUCUCCGCCUCCGCCGCCGUCCGCCGCCCCGCCGUCAUCCCCCGCGCCCGUGCAGCUGGACUCGUACGCGGUGGUGGCGCUGCUGGGGCCCGAGAAGGUCGACGCGGACGACGUGGCGCUGCUGCGCGCCAAGCUCUUCGGCUACUCCACCUUCUUCGUCACCGGCCAGGAGCCCUUUGGCGAGGCGGGCGAAGCAGUGUUGUUACAGGGUAACCUGCGCGGCCCCAAGGAGGAGGUGUUCGCGAAGCUGCGCGCGGGCAUGCGGCUCCUGUUCGGCGCAAAGUACGAGCUGCUCAUGGUGCAGGAGCCGCGGAAGCCGGGCGCGGCACCGAGCGAGGGGGAGGGGAAGGAGGAGCGCGUGGCGAUGGUGGUGGUGCGCGCGGAGCAGCUGCAGGACCGCGCCACCUCCGCGUGGCAGUACGCGCUCGCCGCGCUGCUGCUCGCGCUCACCGGGGGCGCGUGCCUUGAGCUGGGCCUCGCCAGCCAGAUCUCCAAGGUGUCGCCCGAUGUGAUUCGCUACUUCACGUCACCCAAUCCCGAGGAGCUGACCCCGCCGGACGUGACGGUGCUGGCACCGUUGGUGCGCAACGCCCUGCCCAUCGCCUACGGGGUCUUUGGUGUGCAAGUCUUCCACGAGGUGGCCCACUGGCUGACGGCAGCACAGAAGCGGGUCAGGCUCGGCAUCCCGUACCUCAUCCCCAACAUCACCAUUGGGAGCUUCGGGGCCAUCACUCAGAUCAAGAGUCCCUGUCCCGACCGCACUGCUCUCUUUGACAUUGCCUUGGCCGGCCCGCUAGCCGGUGCCACCUUGUCGCUCGCCAUGUUUGCGGCGGGCCUGGCCCUCUCGCUACCGCCAUCUGGCCCGCUGGCAGCGCUGCCGGGGCUGCAGGAGUCGCUCGUGCAGGUGCCCUCGCAGCUCUUCCAGGGCUCCCUGCUGCUCGGCGCACUCUGCCGUGCUGUGCUGGGAUACGACUUGAUGCACGUGCAGGCAAUCACCAUCCACCCACUCGUGAUUGUUGGAUGGUGUGGCCUGACCACCUCUGCUCUCAACCUGUUGCCAGCAGGCCGGAUUGACGGGGGGCGAGCCACACAGGCUGCAUUUGGGCGUGACACGGUGGGCAUCACUAGCCUUGUGACGUAUGGACUUCUGGGAAUCGGCUUGCUUGGGGGACCAUUUUCUCUGCCCUUCGGUCUCUAUGUCCUCUUUCUCCAGAGGGACUUCGAGAAGCCUGCAUUGAACGACGUCACAGGGGUUGGCUGGCAGAGGCAGCUGGUCCUUGCUGGGGCAAUCGCCCUGGCAGUUGGCACACUUCUGCCAAUUUGGGAUGGACUUGCUGAUGACCUCGGUUUUGGCAUCGGAAGCCAGCUACUAUUCUGA